AUGUCUCCCAGCAGAUCAACCAUCCUCAGCAUUGUACUACCUGUUGCCACAGUACUUCUCACGAUCGCAAUUGCCACGGCAAUCCUCAUCCACCGCUACCUUCGCCAACGCACCCUCCUCCCCACAACAGAACCCCCGCUCUUCACCGCCGCGCACAUCGCCUCGAUCCGCGCACCACGCUCCAGUGUUCCUACCACUCCCACUGAAAACCCCUGGCCCACACUCAAGUCCGACCCCAAUCACAUUCCGUUCCUCGCCGCACCCCUGCCUUCCCAUCAGCCUAUCAAGGGUAAUUGGCAGAAGUUCAAGGAGAAGCAGGCACUGCGCAAGGAGCAGGCCAGGAUGCCUCAGGUUAUGCGUGAGAAGUGGCAUCAUCAACCCAAGGGGUCUGCAUAUUGGCGGGAGCAUGGAAAGAGUAUGCGGGCGGAGACGGGAUGGUGGGAGAAGGCGAAGGAGAAGGUGGGUUGGUAG